AUGGCAUUAGAAACAAGAAAGGAUAGAGCUCAGAAGCUUUUAAGCAAUCGAAAGCCUGUCACAGAGAGUACAGCAUGGAGUUUAGCUCAAGAGACAUAUCUGAAAAGACUAGAAGGCGACAUUGAAAGAACAAAGAAGUUUCUAGAGCAAGCCCAAGCAGCUAAUACCAAGCUCGAACGAGAGCUAUCCAAUGAGCCUUUAGAUGAAGAAAGUGAAGACUUAGUCAAUUUACUAGGACUUUUUGAAGUCUACAAACUGCUUCCGUACAUGCCCAUGAAAAACGAUCUGAUUGGAAUAGCUACAGCGGCAUCUCUCACUAAAAACGCAGUUUUGGAGCAAAGCAAAGCCAUAUCAAUGAUUAGAGACGAAAACGAAGCCACAAAGACCGAGAUUCAGAGACUCGAGAACAUCCUAGCGGACUACGCUGAGUUUGACGAAUUAUUGCAAGCGAGAGUACAACAGCAUCCAGCACGAAUGGAGGAGCUCGAACAACAAUUGCACGGAUCGCGUAGCUUAGAGACGGAACUUGAGCACCAAAUUGAAUUUGGUCAGAAGUCUGUGGAUCAACUAAAGAAAGUUGAAGAUAAGAUGUACCAGCAUGUGAAGCGUGUGGUGACAAAAUUACAUGCUUUGCUUGAUUGGGAAAAUGCAAGUAUGAUGGAUGAAGACAUGUUCAAAGAGAGCCUUCGCAGGUCGAUUGCACUAAUCAACCGUAUGAUUAAAAGUUUGGUUAGUCAAGGAACUAAGCAGACUAAAUGGGUCCAGGUGCCAGCAGGACCAGAAGAGAAGCUUGUUCAAGUUAUGCUUCGCAAUAACUUGAUUCAUGUGCGUAAUGGAAAUGGCUUAGAAAUCCGUCUCCGCGAGUUUGGAUUUGACUAG